AGAGGUGGACAAAAUCUUACUGAACGCUACCGCAGACUAGAAAAUACUCUUCGGGGGAAUGCUAUCAUGAAGCAGAUAUCCGAGAUUUCUCAGGACGUCGAGGAUGCAUUCAAGGCCAGGUCGCCUUCAUCGAUAUCCUCUUCGCUCCAUGGUGCACAAAAUAUUUCAAAUACCAUCGCGGGCUUUGUGAUCCCCAAGGAACCCAUACCACCUUCAGAUGAAGAAUGUUGCAUGUCAGGAUGUGCAAUUUGUGUCUAUGACCUUUACGAAGAAUCUCUGGAAGCUUACAAAGAGUCGAUCGUGGCCUUGCGCUCGUCGCUUUCCGCUCUUUCAAUACCAGAAUCCGAGUGGCCAGACCGCGUUCGAACCAAUACACCAGCUACACAAAAGAGGCACGAUAUCGUCCUCAACGCGUUCGAAGAAAUGGAGCGUCAGUUGAGGGAGAAGAAGGAGCGGAGAGCUGCAGUUGAAGCGGAGAGUUAG